AUGAAGCUUGCCUUUUGUCUCUUCCUGCUCAUCCUCCUUCUCCAGCUGAUUAUCCCAGGGGAUAUGCAGUGUUCCUUAGAUGCAGUCGUGGAUGAAAAGAUAAAUGCAGCUCUCAGCAAACAGACAAAGAAGCUCACAUGUACCAGCAUCAUUCUCAGUGGCAAACUGGCCUCCUGCCCUACAGGGUCUGCUGUCACCAGUUGUACCUGUGGCUAUGGCUGUGGCUCCUGGGUUGUGCAGAAUGGAAACACGUGCCACUGUCAGUGCAAUGUGGUGGGCUGGACCGCAGCCCGCUGCUGCCACCUGUCCUAA